GAGUUUUAUUGUCAGCUGUUUUGUUGAAAGGCUUUCAUAGAAAUCUCAUAACAAUUGACUCCAAUAAACAACUAUUACAUUGAAAACACUAAUUCAUUGAUUAUUAUAAUUAUUAUAAUUAGUUAUAUAUUAAUAGUAUUUGUUUGCGUGAAAUGUGACUAACAAUUGGUCACCAAAUUUGCAUCAAUUGAUUGAUCACUUGUUAUGUAAUUUUCUUGUUUUUUAUCAACCAAUGGGUGGAUGUCUUGGAUCGCGAAGAAGUCGUCCAUCGAGUGGUGAUUCACUUAACAGUAAUAUUCAUCCAAAUGUGUCUAUCGGGAAGAAUCAGCCGAUGAAACAUCAGGUCCUCAAAUGGAAGAGUGAUGUUCCCCUAACCGAUGGUCAACUCAGAUCUAAAAGAGAUGAGUUCUGGGAUACGGCACCAGCUUUCGAGGGACGAAAAGAAAUAUGGGACGCAUUGAAGGCAGCGGCCAUUGCAGCCGAAAGUAAUGACUUCACAUUAGCUCAGGCUAUCAUCGAUGGCGCAAAUAUCUCUUUACCCAAUGGUACAUUACUUGAUUGUUAUGAUGAAUUGGGUAACCGAUAUCAACUGCCCAUCUAUUGUGUCAGUGCGCCCAUCAAUUUGAUUGAUGAGAGCAGUGACUCUGAAUCUCCAUCUCCUGAGAGUGAGCCCAUCAAUGCCAUCGGCGGCGAAGAGAUAUUUGUUAAGUUCCGAAUCAACCCGUCUUGUAAUGACGUCAAGAUGGCUGUACUCUCAAAAGAAACCAUUAUAAGUGCAAAGAAAAAGUUGGCUCUUCUUGAAAAUGUUGAGCCCUAUCGACAAAGGUGGUAUUUUGGUGGACGACUAUUAAGUGAUAAACAGAGGAUAGAAGACAUUAAUCUUCAAUCAGGAUUUGUAGUCCAAGUUAUAGUCUCUUCACCACAAACUACAGAUCACUGAGAGUUUCGACUUUAGUCAAAGCAAAAUGUGUUAAUUUUAUGUAUAAACUUUUAAUUAUUAUUAGAGCGCUCUUUUCAAUUGAAUUCAAACUGUGAUAUAAGCGACAAAAUAUUUUUAAUUUUAUUAAUUGAUUGAAAACAUUCAAAAGUAAUGGCAAUUAUUUUACUUAAAGCACUAAUGUGACUGAAACUUGAAAGCAAUGGCUAAAAGUCAAUAAUUAUUUUUGCCAUAAAUUGUAUACUGUAUUGACACACAUUAUCUUACAAACUGAAACUCAGUAGAUAGGAAAAGAUGCAAAACAAAUAUCUAUAAAUAUAAUUGAUCCCAAUUUUAUAAUUGUCACAAAUUGUUUAAAUUGACAUAAUGU